AUGGCUUUGAAAAGAAAAACCAUAAAAUCGAAAGAGCAGCUCUAUAUGCUCGAGGUGUUCGUCAAUCAAGUGACUUUAAAUCCAGAAGUGUCGAAUGUUAACGUCGAAGAUUUGGUUGUUUGCGUGAGAUUCAUCGAUUUACCAGAAUACAAGAUAAACCCGCCUCGAAACGAAGUAGCUAAUAAUCAGGACCAUGAUCUAUCAGGUGAUUCUAAAUUUGGAAAAUCGUGUUUGUUCGCCAAGACUCCUAGCUGCCUUAUCAAAGCCAUAAGAUGGUCGCCUUUGUACCUAGAAUUGUAUUACAAAAGCGACAAUUUGUCAAAGACAAGUCAAACUUUUCUCGGAACAGCAAAAGUGCGUUUACCUGAGUGCAUGUGCAAACAAGUGAGUACUUCGCAAAAUGAAACCAACGGCUUAUCUACACCGUGCACAGUAAGAGAUACAUUUGACCUGAUCGAUCCUAAUAACAAAGCAUCCGGCAAGAUAACCGUAGAUCUGAGAUUAUCCUGUUUCGGAAACUCCAUUGUCAAGCAGUUCUCCCUAUGCGGGAAAUCUUUCAUGCUGGAAGAUUCGCCUCUUCAGAAAUUUCUGUGUCUCUAUACUUCUCCGGAACGAUUGAAAGAAACGAAGGAUUUCAAAGAUGCUGAUCCUAAUAAGCCAUUACUGGCGCGACCAAGCUCUCCUCCGAAGGUUUCGAUGGAAAAUCCCGCUUUCAAGACCUUGACCAUGGCCGAAAAGCUCAACGAUCCCAAGUACCGGGAAUUGGUAUACACAGCCUAUCCCGAUGAGCCGACAUGCUGCUGCUUGCCCGUGGAUCGUUCGUCGCAUCCUCUGGAAUGUCGCUCAGGCUGCACUCGUCCUUGCUGCAUGAAACUAAGAAAUCCCAAUAUACUAUCCGCGCAAGAGAACGCAUUAGCCGAUACUUACUGCGUGAACAAAGCCAUGUCUGCGUUACAUUCUCUGAAGCAGGACGCUCCUCCCGAUAAUUCGUACAGGUUAAAAGGCGGUGGAGACGUAGAGCAGAUUUACAUUGAUCCGUCCAGCUAUAAAUGGCCCAAUUACGACAAAGAUUACUGCUGGUACGAUGAAGGAAAUAACACGACCGCUCGACUAGAAGCUGGAGCUGACGACAUAGGUAUGUCUAGCUGCAGUUGCUCUGGCAGUCCAGUCCCGGUCCCAGCACGAAAAUCCAUGACCAAAGAUAACGACGUGCUACCCAUCUUCGACGCUUGCAUGCCUCGUGUAACGUCGACUGGAGCAACGCCUACUUGCACUUGCCCUGGAAAAGAGACAAAAUGGCCUAGGGGAGCUGCUAAGUGUAUGAAACAGCCGUGCAUGGGAAUAGAUUGCUUAAUUCGCGCUUUCAAGGAUGCACAGGAUUUCGUGGAUUCUAUAGGAAAAGUGCCAGGAUUGCCAGGGCUUGGUUUGAUGGACCCAUCUGAGAGCCCCUAUUUCGGCAGAGAAGUCGAUAGAGACUAUAUGCCUCAGGAUAAGCCGGUGCAGAAAAAGAAGGCGCCACCUGGAGCUGCGCAGGCAGCAGCGGGUUCAGCGGCCCCUACUUGUACAGCUCCAUGCAGCGUUCAAAUAGGUAAACCCGGCGACGAUAUUCGAUCUCAUGUUAGCCCUUACGCGCCUUCGGUUCCUCGAGGAGUGACCGUGCCGCCACGGUUGGGAAUCGUCCGCGAGGCUAUACCAGUUUUACCGGAGGCCGGUUUAACAAUUGCGUCCACAAAACAUAGAAAGAAGGAGGAGAAGAAGGAUGAGAAAACGGAGAAGCAGAAGGAGCUGGAAGCCACGUCGUCAGCGCUGAUGGAGUCAGAGGUGGGUCCUUGCGGUGAACCGAGAUGCAAAUCGAGAAGGAAGAAGCCCCCCGAUAGUGCCAGCGUGGACCAUAGCGCGACUCAUGUCUCCUCUAAGACGCCGACCGGCGUGAAGCGUACCGGACCCAAAGCUCGGCGCAAAACGAAGAAGGGGUCUAAACGUAGUUCGAAGCGUCGUACUCCGCUUGUGCAACCUCUGCAUACGAUGACGGAUGCACCACGUGAUCUGAAAGCAUUGGGUCGUCAGUUUGAGAAACCUGAUGCUAGACGAAGCGUGAAAGAAAAGUUCUUAGGACCUGGUGGCGAUCGCGCUGUUACCCAAGAACCGGUGAUUCCAGUCAGCAGACGAGUGAUGCGAUUCGUUUAUUUCGUCGGUGAUUAUUAUCCUGGGAUCAAUUACGGCCACAGGGACUGCAUCGACGUGCCAAUGAGAGUUCCGGCCAAUAUGGGUUGGUUGUGGAACACGAUGGAAACGGCGGGAAAAUUGAAGCCCAGGAUUGGCUGGAGACCUGGCGCCAUUGGUCGUUAUUUGUAUGAGAUGCUGCAGGAUGCGAAAGAAAUUUCGAUGGAAGAAAUGGAAUACGAGAAAGCGGGAAGAACGGAAAUUGAACACGAUAGAACGGAUCGUGGAAAAACGGAUCGCGGAAAAGCCGAUCGUGGAAAAAUCGAUCGUGGAAAAACAGAUCACCGAGGAAGAAUGAUGGAACGCGCGAGAUCGGCACCUUCGCGGGCAAAGAGUGGCACGAGACGACAGAGAACUGGGAGAACUAUGAGUUACCAGUCUAUGCAAAAACAAUCGAAGAUGGAAGGCGAAGAGGAAGGACCCGAAUCCCCACCGACUUUACAUAUUCAUAGAAAGGAUGGCACUUAUUACGUAACGAUGUAUCCCAUUAGGCAAGAAACGUCUGCCGAACCUCGCUUGUCCGAGCCAAUGAAACCGUUGCAAUUUAAAAUCGUGAAGAAUAAAGACGAUGCUUCUGUCGCGUCUAGUUCCACAGCGUCUGACAUGGAGAUCGAAUUCUCUCCUCCUGCAGCAAUCACGAGAUAUCGUAAAAAACCUGAUGUUAUUCACGUUGAUACACAAGUUCGGCAACAAGAAAUUCUAGAUGCCUUUAAAACGGAAGAGUUUAAGAUAAAGAGUAGAAGAACCAGAAGAGACAAAAAAAUGAAAAAGGAAUCGAAAACGUUGGUUAAGAAAUAA